AUGCAGAGCAAGGAGGUCAACGCGCUGGGCUUCCUGAAGCCUUUCCCUCACUUCGCCACCAAUGCCAUCCACUACGCGCAGGAGCCCGAGCAGUGGAAUUCCAAGGCCGUAGUGCCGCCCAUCACGCUCUCCACCACCUUCAAGCAGCGAGUGCCCGGGGAUGAGCAGGAGUAUAGUUACACUAGGGUUGGAAAUCCGAACAGGCAUGUCCUGGAGAAGGUUGUGUCCACCCUCGAUGGAGCCAAAUACAGCUUGGCUUAUUCCUCUGGCAUGGCAGCUAUUUCGAACAUCUGUUUCCUGCUGUACCCAGGGGACACAGUUAUCUGCAUGGACGAGUUGUAUCAAGGCACGAGAAAUUUAUUUGACCGAAUAGAAGAGGAGUUUCAUUUGAAAGUGGUUUAUGUUGACUGCAGAGACCUAAAACUGCUGAAGAGAACAAUUGAGGAACAUCCCAAGACCAAGCUGGUUUGGCUCGAGAGCCCCACGAACCCCACGCUGAAGGUGAUCGACAUCAAAGCCUGCGCAGAGGUGGCACACAACUCUGGUGUCAAGGACGUGCUGGUGGCCGUGGACAACAGCUUCAUGUCUCCAUAUUUCCAGCGUCCUUUGGCCCUGGGGGCUGAUAUUUGUAUGUCUUCUGCAAGCAAAUACAUGAAUGGGCACAGUGAUGUCCUCAUGGGCCUGGUCUCUGUAAACAGGGAUGAUCUCUAUAAGAAGCUGAAAUUCCUGCAGUACUCCCUGGGAGCUGUCCCCUCUCCCUUUGACUGCUUCCUCUGCAACCGGGGGCUGAAGACUCUGCACAUCAGGAUGAAGCUGCACUUCCACAACGGCCUGGCUGUGGCCAAGUUCCUGGAAUCCCAUCCCAGGGUGGAGAAGGUCAUGUACCCAGGGCUGCCUUCCCACCCUCAGUACGAGGUGAUGAAGAAGCAGUGUGCAGGCAUUUCUGGGAUGGUCAGCUUCUACAUCAAAGGGAAAAAAGAAAAUGCCUUUGCCUUUCUCAUGAACUUGAAGGUGUUCACCGUGGGCGUAAGUCUGGGCGGCUUUGAGAGCCUGGCAGAGCAUCCGGCCACCAUGACCCAUUCCAGGGUGCCUAAGGAGGAAAUGAGAGCAGUGGGAAUCAGUGACACCUUGAUCCGCCUCUCGGUGGGGCUGGAGGAUGAGGAGGAUCUGCUGGCAGACCUGGACCAGGCCCUGGAGGCUGCGUUUCCAUGAACCUUGAGGGUCAAUAAGGACCUUGGAACUGGACAUGGCUGUGGACGAGGACACGGAAAACCAAUCCCCUCUUGCU